UGCACUUGCCAGCUUUCUCCGAUCGAUCCAACACAACACGUGCCGUACGCGCGUGGUAACCACCCAUGCCCUCUGACUUUGACUUUGACGCCGUCGUGGUCGGCUCUGGCUACGGCGGCUCCGUCGCCGCUUGCCGGAUGUCGGCGGCGGGUCUGAACGUCUGUUUGUUAGAGAAAGGGCGGAGAUGGGAGCCUCAAGAUUUCCCUACUCAUCCCCUCCACAUCGCCUCUUCUGUCCGACUCCAAAACGCCUAUUUCGGACUCAAUUUUGGCCCCAAAAAUGCCCUCUUCCAGAUACAUCUUCAGACCGACGCCGCCGCCGUCACCGCCUGCGGCUUAGGCGGCGGCUCGCUGGUGAAUGCCGGAGUGAUUCUGCCGGCGUCGGCACGGGCGCGGCGGGACCGCCGCUGGCCGAAGGCUUGGGAGAAAGAUUGGGACAGGUACGAGGCUUCCGCUUCCGACAUGCUCAGAGCACAAACUGUUCCGAUCAAGUUCCAGAAUUCCAAGGUCAUGGAAAGAGCCGUUGCCGCCGGAGAAUAUUCCGACAACGAUCCGAUCAAACUCACCAUGAAUUUCGACAUCGAAGAUCGAGUCUCGAAUUCCUGUCUAGCCUGCGGGAACUGUCUCGCCGGCUGUCCCUACAACGCCAAGAAUUCUACCGACAAAACUUACUUAGCCUCUGCAAUCCAAGCCGGAUGUUUUGUAAGAACAGAAUGUGAAGUUCAGUAUGUAGUAAGAAACGAUUUCGAUGCCGGAAAAGAAGAAAGAAGAAGAAGCCGCCGCCGCCGGUGGCUCGUGUUCUUGAAUGAAUUGGACUAUAUCGCGGCAGAUGUGGUUAUACUUUCGGCCGGCGUUUUCGGAACAGCUGAAAUUCUAUUCCGGUCCCAGUUGAGAGGAUUGCGAGUCUCGCCGAAGCUCGGAUCGGGAUUGAGUUGCAACGGCAAUUACGUCACCUAUCUUGCCGGAACUUCUGCGCCGAUAAGUUCCUUUGGACUAAAUCGAAAGCAGCUUUCGAGCGUGCCUUUCAAAGAAAGGCCGGGGCCAUCGAUUUCCUCAUCCUUCUCUUCCUCGUCGUCACAAGGCUUUACAAUUCAGAGUGCCGUGAUUCCGGCUGCCUAUCCGAGCUUCCUUUUCAAAGGAAUGGCGACAUACGGAUCGCAAUCCGGUUACGGGUUCUUCUACAGCGUCGUAGAAUGGCUAAAGCGUGUCAUAAAUGCAAACCGUCGCGGGGAAAUGGCGCUGAAUGCAAUAGGACACGACGAUAGCAGCGGGGAGCUCACGUUCGAUAAAGAGUCGGGUCGGAUUCUCUUCCAUCCUCCUCACGAUACUCUGCUUCCACGAAAAAUCGAAGCUUUCGAAAAGCUUGCGAAGAAAUUAGGAGGAGUGCUCUUCAAGCCGCGAUAUCGGAGCACUUCGGUGCAUCUUCUCGGAGGGUGCAUUGCGUCAUCGGAUGUCUCGACCGGAGUGUGCAACCCUGACGGUCAAGUUUACGACUACACAACAGGAGUGCACCAGGGGCUCUACAUUUGUGACGCCUCGUUGAUUCCUUGUUCUAUUGGAAUCAAUCCCUCCCUUACUAUUGCCGCAAUCGCCGAGCAUGUUAGUCGAUGCAUUCUCCGCGAUUCUACCAAACUCACCGACGAAAAAUCUGUUCGGAAACCAGGUGCGAUAAGCAAAUUCAAGACGGAGACGAGCAACGAUUCAGCGGUCGAGACUACCGAAGUAAUGAGCGGACAAGUCGGCGACAUGCGAUGCGCAGCUCGUCUGAAGUUGAGGUUCGGAGAUUCGAAAUCCUUUUCGCGCGGCGAAGCCGGAGGAUACGUCGAAUGCAGGGCCAUUGAAGCAGAGAAGAUGUACAUCAUCCAUGGUGAAGUUGAUAUAUGCAAAGUAGACAUCAGAACUCCUUACACACAGUACAUGUAUUAUCAUCUCCUUGUCGCUUCUGCUUCCGGUUCGAGAUACAUUAUCGAAGGAAGGAAGACGAUGAAUCCGUAUCUAUUCGCAUUAUACGCGUGGAGAGAGUCGACUACGGUGGACAUAACUUUGAGGAAAGUGCUCGAUGACGAGACGAAAAAAGACUCCAUGGUUCUCAAGGGGAAGCUCUACAUUUCUCCAUUGGAUCUUCUUAGAAAUACGCUUGCUCUGCGAGGUCGACAUAGGAUCAAGUUUGUGCUUCAGCUAUUGCAUUCGCUCUUUCAGACGUAUGUCCUACAAUCGCCUCGCGGGAGCCAUGUCGCCGAUUUCUCCCCUAAGGAGUUGCGCCGCGAACCUUAUCCGAGCAGUAUAGCUCAUGAGAUUAGGACAGCGGACAACUUUAUGAUUCAGUGUCGCUGCUGGGAAUCGAACGAUAAUGUUCGUGGAUUUAAGCGCACAAAAAAGCUCUACCCGGUGCUCCUUGUCAAUGGCUAUGCAACAGAGAGCUACUGUCUCCCGACGGAGCGCAAUGAUCUUGUAAGAACUUUACUAAAAGACGGGCGCGAUGUAUGGUUAUUACAGGCGAGAGUGCACAGGUCGAAUCCUUCUAACAACUUCUCGGUCGAGGAUAUAGGUCGAAUGGACAUCCCGGCAGCGAUCGAUAAGAUUGUCGAGUUCUACGGCGAGUCCAUAAAAGUACAUGUAGUAGCACAUUGUGUCGGAGGGCUAGCCGUGCAUAUCGCCCUCAUGGGAGGCCACGUAUCUGCGCAGCGUAUCGCGUCCCUAUCUUGUUCGAACUCGUCGAUGUUUUUCAAGCUGACGACAUCUUCCUCUGUGAAAAUGUGGCUUCCGUUGGUCCCCGUUUCGAUGGCGAUAAUGGGGGAAGACAAGAUUCUGCCACUGCUCGAAACAUCGUCGACAAUUAGUUUCAGACACAAGGCGUUGAAAGUGAUAGCGCGGCUGAUCCCACGCUACGAGAGAUGCACAUGCGACGAGUGUGAGGUGUUCUCGGGGAUAUUCGGGAAUGCGUUCUGGCACGAGAAUAUAAGCCAGACGAUGCAUCGAUGGAUGAACAAGGAGUACUUAACGAGGCUGCCGAUGGCGGCGUUCCCGCACCUUCGCAAGAUCUGCAACGCCGGAUUCAUCGUCGACAGCGAGGGGGGUGACGCGUACCUUAUCCACCCGGAGCGAAUGGCGCUGGCAACGCUGUACAUAUCCGGGGGGAGGAGCCUCCUGGUGACGCCCGAGACGUCAUUUCUGGGACAUAAGUACAUGAAGGUGCACCAGCCGCGGUACCGUCACGAGCGGGCGGUGAUCGAGGGGUUCGGACACUCGGAUCUUCUGAUAGGCGAGAGGUCGGAUGAGGAGGUGUAUCCGUACAUUCAGAGACACAUUGAGCUGUCUGAAGAGGAAGAAAUUUGUGGGAAGAGGGAGGAGGAGGAGGAAGAAGAAGGCAAGUUAUUGAAGGAAAGCAUGGAAUGGUGUGUUGAUCCUCAUGAUCAACGACAUUUUGAGGAUUCGAUUGUCUUCCCUUUCCUUGUGUUUGUGUUAUUGUUUCUCUUCAUUUUGAAAUUCUUAGUUAAUUAAUUAGUAGCACAUCAUAAAGAAAGAAAGAAAGAUAUAUAUUGGUAUAUAUAGCUCCGGCUUCUCUGUUAGCCGGUGCUGAUUUGAACGAGCGUUAGUAUGUAUUUAGACAAUACAUACAUACAUACUUAGAAAACACAGCACAUGGUCAAACAAAUUAAGCAAAAAGUU